AUGUCCAGACGGACGGAUAGACAGACAUACAGACAGACGGGCGGAUGCACGGACGAACGUACGUACAAGGAUAAAUACAUUUGCCCUCCGUUGUCAGUUCUACAAGGUGUGACUCGACCAUUGAACCUUCUCCCUCCUCUAUCUCAUCAGACUACAAGUUGUGAUCCGACCAUUGAAGCCUCUCCCUCCUCUCCCCCAUCAGACUACACGUUGUUACCCGACCAUUGCACCCUCUUCUUCAUCUCCCCCAUCAGACUACAAGCUACUUCAAGUUGUGACCCGACCACUAAACCCACUCCUUCCUCUCCCCCAUCAGACUACGAGUUGUUACUCGACCAUUACACCCUCUUCGUCCUCUCCCUCAUCAGACUACAAACUUCAAGUUGUGACCCGACCACUAAACCCACUCCUUCCUCUCCACCAUCAGACUACAAGUUGUUACUCGACCAUUACACCCUCUUCGUCCUCUCCCUCAUCAGACUACAAACUACAAAUUGUGAUCCGACCACUGAACCCUCCCCCUCCCUCCCCAUCAGCCUACACGUUGUUACCCGACCACUGAACCCUCUUCUUCCUUUCCCCCAUCAUACUACAAGUUGUGACCCGACCAUUAAACCCUCCCCCUCCCUCCUCCAUCAGCCUAUACGUUGUUACCCGACCACUGAACCCUCUUCUUCCUCUCCCCCAUCAGACUACAAACUACAGCAUGUGACCCGACCACUGAACCCUCUCCCUCCUCUCCCCCAUCAGACUACAAGAUGUGACCCGACCAUUGAACCCUCUCCCUCCCUCCCUCCCUCCCUCCCUCCCUCCUCAGACUACAAAUUGUUACCCACUACAAGUUGUGACCCGACCAUUGAACCCUCUCCCUCCCUCCCCCAUCAGAUUUCAAGUUGUUACCCGACCAUUGAACCCUCUCUCUCUCUCCUCUCCCCCAUCAGACUACAAGUUGUGACCCAACCAUUGAACCCUCUCCCUCCCUCCCUCCCUCCCUCCCUCCUUCCCUCCCCCAAUCAGACUACAAGUUGUACCAGACCACUGAACCCUUUCCCUCCCUCCCUCCACCAUCAGACUACAAGUUGUGACCCGACCAUUGAACCCUCUCCCUCCCUCCCUCCCUUCCUCCCCCAAUCAUACUACAAGUUAUACCAGACCACUGAACCCUCUCCCUUCCUCCCCCAUCAGACUACAAGUUGUGACCCGACCAUUGAACCCUCUCCCUCCCUCCCUCCCUUCCUUCCCCAUCAGACUACAAGUUGUACCAGACCACUGAACCCUCUCCCUCCCUCCCUCCCUUCCUCCCCCAAUCAGAUUACAAGAUGUACCAGACCACUGAACCCUCUCUCUCUCUCUCCUCUCCCCCAUCAGACUACAAGUUGUGACCCGAACAUUGAACCCUCUCCCUCCCUCCCUGCCUUCCUCCCCCAAUCAGACUACAAGUUGCACCAGUCCAUUGAACCCUCUCCCUCCCUCCCUCCCUUCCUCCCCCAAUCAGACUACAAGUUGUACCAGACCACUGAACUCUCUCCCUCCCUCCCCCAAUCAAACUACAAGUUGUACCAUACCAAUGAACCCUCUCCCUCCCUCCCCAAUCAGACUACAAGUUGUAUCAGAUCACUGAACCCUCUCCCUCCCUCCCUCCCUCCCUCCCUUCCUCCCCCAUCAGACUAUUAG